AUGUGGGAUACAAAUGAGGAGGAGGAACUGUAUGAGCCAUCAGGUGAAGAAAAGGAUGAUGAUGAUCAAGAUGAGGAGGAAUUGGAGGAAUUGGAGGAAAAGGUGCAAGAGGAGCAACACAAUGAAGAGGAGAAAGAGAGUGGGCAACAUAUUCAGAAGAAGAAUAAGGCCAAGAGACACAGAAAAGGGCCAGCUAGUAGAUCACAUGGAAGUGUAGAGCAAAUGUUUGAGGAUGACUGGAUACCAUCAGAUGAUGAGGACAAAAAACCAUUAGACCUGGGUUUGGAAGAUGAUGAUGGUGCUGAGGCAAUGGCUUAUGUGUUGCCCAAUGGAGAAAGAGCAGAGCAAAGAAGAUGA